AUGGUCUUUACCGUUGGAAGAAUGCCAGGCUCCUGGACCCAGCUUCAGCGGAUCCUUGCCACUAGCCUGAGGCAAGCCUUUGCUGGCACCAUGUGUCAUCUUCACCACCAUGAGGACACAUCUGUGAUCUCUUCUACUCCAGAGACUUCCUGCAGCACCCUGUUUCAUGGCUUUACCGUGCCCUCAGCCCAACAUGCACACAGAGGAGGACACACUGACAACAUGUCGAUGCACACCACCUUCUACUUUGGCUACAAAAAUGUGGAACUUCUGUUUCCGGGCUUGGUGAUCCAAUGGAGAUUCGGCAUGUUGCUCGCUUGCCUGGUGAUGUUCUGCCUGGCUCUCUGCUAUGAAGGUCUCAAGGUGGCUCGGGAGAAACUCAUGGACAGGGCUCAGAGCUCUCCACAGCCCCAUGUGCUCCGAUGGCUUCACCUUGCUCAGACAGCUCUGCAUGUGCUCCAGGUGGUGUUGAGCUAUGUGCUCAUGCUUACCUUCAUGACCUACAAUGCCUACCUGGCCAUGGCCGUGUUGGCGGGGGCCUGUACAGGAUACCUGGUCUUCCGUUGGAAGAAUGCCAGGCUCCUGGACCCAGCUUCAGCGGAUCCUUGCCACUAG